AUGCCCGAAUCCAACGUGUAUUUGAAUAAUGCAAAUAUUUGUUUCGACUAUGUGGUUGGCUCUGGGGAUGCAGACGAGUUUGACGACGCCAAGUAUGUCGUUAAGGAAAUAUGUCCUGACUGGAAAGACGCUGCAAAUUGUGAAAUAGAUGUCAAAAUUAUUGUUGGCGGCAUUACCAACCGUCUCUAUCGUCUCGUGUGGGGGAGCAAGUCGGUUCUUGUUCGAGUGUAUGGUGACCAUACAGAUAAAUUUAUAGAUCGCGCCGUCGAAAACACGCUGUUUGCUUUACUAUCAAAAAACGGAUUUGCACCUACAUACUAUGGUCGCUUUACAAACGGUCGCGUUGAAGGCUGGCUAGACGCAAGACCACUUGAGCCUCAUGAAAUGGGCCAAACUCAACCGGUCAAUUACUUGCAAAUGAUUGGCCACGAGCUCGCUUUGAUGCAUCUUAUGGACAUACCUGGAGAUCGCACGCCCCUAUUGUGGACUAAAAUGAGGCACUUUGAAAAGCUGGCGUUGGAAAUCAAACUGAAGGAUCCAGAAAAAAACGCGGCGUUAAAAAAGCUCAACAUCGCAAGCUUGCAUCAGAAGAUAGAGUGGCUCAUGUCGGUUCUUCCCUCGAUCCAAAAUGCACAAGGCAAGGAGUUUUUAGAAGACGAUGACACGGAUGAGAUUACAAAACAGGCUGUUAUGUUUGCGUCUGAUGUCGUAUUCUCCCACAACGAUCUGUUAAGUGGCAACAUUUUGCACAAUCCCAAAUGGGAUCGCGUUCAAAUUAUCGACUACGAGUACGGCGGAUACAACUUCCGCGGAUUUGACUUCGCCAACCACUUUUGCGAAAACUGUGGUUUUGAUUUGACUCUUGCGCUGUACCCGAGCUUUGAACAACAAUCAGCGUUUUUCAAGGCUUAUAUGAGUACAGCAGCACCGGAAAUGCUGGCUCAGCUGACAGCCAAUCGGGAGUCAAAAGCAUUUUUCCGCGCCCUGUAUGACGUUGUGAACCGCUAUGCACUUGCUUCUCACCUGUUCUGGGGGUUUUGGGCUCUCGUUCAGGCCAGUCACUCUAAGAUUGACUUCGACUUUCUUCAAAACAGCAGACUAGGACUAACAAACAUAUCACCUCAGAAGGUACAGUAUUAUUGCAAUCACGAUGUUGAUAGCAAUCAGCGGGUAAAGUGGAGCUUUUAG